CUGAUGCAGCAGCCACUAGCUUUGGGAUAUUACGUCUCCACGGCGCCAGUGGGUCCCCUUCCUACAUGGUUUUGGGCGGCCUGUCAGCAGACUCGUCGCAACAACCCAGUGUGUCUGAAAUCCUCUCUGCAUCUGCACUGCACUCUGGUGGGGAUAGAUGACGAUGCAGCAGCCAACGGUGGCCAACAAUGCCCCUCCUCCAAUUCUGCCACGGCAGGAGGCCACCUACUCGACUCGAGCGUCACUUGCGACGUAUUGCGUUUUGUUCUCGAAUGCUAUAACGCUCUGUCCUGGCUCUCCUACGAUCCCUGCGUCAACGAUCGACGGUCAUGCCUGCCCGUCCACAUGCUCACCCUGGCUCAGCUCUAUCAGGCCGCGAAAGCCUUCGUUUGA